GGUGGUCAUCUGCUUUAUACUUUAGAGAAAGUGGAUUCACAUGAAGAAGGCAAAAAAAUCCUCGCUGACAGCUUGGAUAAUGGUAAAGCUCUUCACAAAUUCUGUGAGAUGCUGACAGCACAGGGUGUCAAGCCAGAUCUGGCACAAGAGCUUUGUACCCCUGGCUCAGACCCGUUCAACAUUCUACCCCUUGCUUCCCAAAAAAUGGAGCUUGUGAGUGAUAAAAGUGGAAUAGUGUCUGAAAUAGAUGCCUUGGCAAUAGCAAAAGUGCUUCAUGAGCUGGGAGCAGGACGACAUCAUGCCAGUAGCAAGAUUGAUCAUGGCAUUGGUGCUACACUUAGUGUGCGAGUUGGUCAGUUUGUGAAUGUGGGUGACAAAUGGGUCACUAUUCAUCACAAUGGUAACCUAGGUGAUUCCCAGGUGGCCUCUUUAAAAGAGGCCUUUAAGAUUGAUGAAAAUGGUGGCACUGUGGACUUGCCUGUUAGGUCAAGAAUUAUAGAUGUUAUUGAUGGUCAAAGAAGACCCUCAGUUUUUGUUUGCCAGUGA